AUGGCAUUUACUAUAAGAGGAAAUAUGAAAAGGCAUUUGAGGAUACAUACUAAAGAAAGGCCACAUUCUUGUGAUUGUUGUAAAAAGACAUUUUCUGAUAGUUCAAGUUUGAAAAGGCAUUUUAAGAUACACACCAAUGAAAAACCAUAUUCUUGUGAUUAUUGUGAAAAAGCAAUUUCUCAUAGUUCGAAUUUGAAAACACACUUGAGGGUACACACUAAUGAAAAACCAUAUUCUUGUGAUUAUUGUCAAACGACAUUUUCCCAGAGUGUACAUUUGCAAACACAUUUGAGGAUACACACCAAUGAAAAACCAUACACUUUUCCUGUAAAUACAAACUCAAAUACGUUUGAAACUCUUACCACUGAAGAGAAACCCUUCGCUUGUUAUUGUUGUAAAAAGACAUUUUCACGUACUUAUGAUAUGGAAAAACACUUGAGAAUACACACUAAUGGAAAACAAUAUUCUUGUGAUUAUUGUAAAAAGGCAUUUUCUAGUAGUUCAAACUUAAAAAAACACUUGAGAAUACACACUAAUGAAAAACCAUAUUCUUGUGAUUAUUGCGGAAAGUAUUGUAAAACGACAUUUGCAACAAGUUCAAGUUUGAAAAGGCAUUUGAGAAUACACACUAAUGAAAAGCCGUAUUCUUGUGAGUAUUGUAAGAAGGCAACAUUUUCACGUACUUAUGAUAUGGAAAAACACUUGAGAAUACACACUAAUGGAAAACAAUAUUCUUGUGAUUAUUGUAAAAAGGCAUUUUCUAGUAGUUCAAACUUAAAAAAACACUUGAGAAUACACACUAAUGAAAAACCAUAUUCUUGUGAUUAUUGCGGAAAGGCAUUUUCCGAUAGUUCAAGUUUGAAAACUCAUAUGAGGAUACACGCUAAUGAAAAACCAUAUUCUUGUGAUUAUUGUAACAAGGCAUUUUCUCAAAACUCAAGUUUGAAAAAGCAUUUGAGGAUACACACUAAUGAAAAACCAUAUUCUUGUGAGUUUUGUAAAACGACAUUUGCAACAAGUUCAAGUUUGAAAAGGCAUUUGAGAAUACACACUAAUGAAAAGCCGUAUUCUUGUGAGUAUUGUAAGAAGGCAUUUUCUGAUAGUUCAAGUUUAAAAACACAUUUGAGGAUACACACUAAUGAAAAACCAUAUUCUUGUGAUUAUUGUAGAAAGGCAUUUUCUGAUAGUUCGAGUUUUAAAACCCAUUUGAGGAUACACACUAAUGAAAAACCAUAUUCUUGUGAUUAUUGUAAAAAGGCAUUUUCUCAAAAGUCAAGUUUUAAAAAGCAUUUGAGGAUACACACUAAUGAAAAACCAUAUUCUUGUGAGUUUUGUAAAACGACAUUUGCAACAAGUUCAAGUUUGAAAAGGCAUUUGAGAAUACACACUAAUGAAAAGCCGUAUUCUUGUGAGUAUUGUAAGAAGGCAUUUUCUAAUAGUUCAAGUUUAAAAACACAUUUGAGGAUACACACUAAUGAAAAACCAUAUUCUUGUGCUGGUUAA